AUGUGUAAUAUUUUGGUUUGUGGGGGUGAUUGGUGGGUUAUUGGGGUGUUAGUUAUUGUGGUUUAUUUUGGGUGGUAUUGGGGUGUUUUUGGGGGUGGGUUUGUGGUUGGUGAGGUGUGGUGGGGUUUUGUGGUUGUGGGGUGUGGGGUUAUUUUGUUGGGGUUGGUGGUUUUGGGGGUGGGGGGUUGUGUUGUUUUUGUGGUUUGUUUGUUUUGUGGUUGGGGGUGUAGUGGGUUUUGUGUUGUUGGGUUGGUUUUUUUUGAAGUUGGGUGGGGGGGGGGGGGUGUUUUUGGGUGUGGGGGAUGUGUGGAAGUUUGUUUUUUGGUGGUGGGGGUGGGUUUUGGGGUUUGGGGUAAGGUUGGUGGUUGGUUGUGGGGGUUUUGUGGGGUUUUGUUUUAUUGUGGGGGGGAGUUUGAGUGGGUUUGGUUGGGGGGGGGGGUGUGGAGUGUUGUGGUGGGUUUGGAGGUGUUUAUGGUUUUGGGGUGUUUGUUGGUGGGGUUGUGGUUUGGGUUUUUUGGGUUGGGUUUUUGUUUUGUUGUUUGGUGUAGGGGUUGGGGGUGGGUGUAUAUUGAGUGGGUGGUGGUUUUUGGAGGGGGGGGGAGGGGGGUUUUUGUUGUGGAGGUUUUUGUGGUGGUUUAUUUUGUGGUGGUGGGUUUGGUGGGGGGUGGGGUUUAUGUGGUGGGGGUUUUUGGGGGUGGGGUUGUUGGUGGGGUUGGUGUGGGGGUUUUGGGGUGGGGUUUGGGGGGUGGUGGUUUGUGUGGGUUUGUGGUGGGUUUGGUGUGUGGGGUUGGUGGGGGGUGGGUUUGGUGUGUGGGGGUUUUUGUUGGUGGGGUUUUGUGGGGGGGUAGUUUAUUGGUUGGGUGGUUUUUGUGGGGUGGGGGGGGUUGGGUGUUUUUUGUGGGUUGGGGGGGGGGGUUUGGUGGGGGUGGGGGGGGGGAUGGGUUGUGGGGGGGGGGGGGGGGUGUUGAGGGGGUGGGUGGGGUGGGGGAGGGGGGGGGGGGGUGGGGGUGGUGUUUUGGGGUGGUUGGGUGGGGGGUGGGGGGGGUUGUUGUGGGUGAUUUUGGUGGUGGUGGUGGUUGUGGGGUUUGGGGUGGUGGGUGGUGGGUGGGGGGGGGUUUGGGGGGGGUUUUGGGGGGGGUGUUUGUGUUGGGUGUUGUGUUGGGUGGUGUGGGGUUGUAUUGGGGUUGGGGGGGGGGGGUUUUGUGUGGGGGGUUUGGUGGGUGGGGUUGUUGGUUGUUGGGUUGGGGGGGGGUGGUUUGGGUGUUGGGUUGUUGGGGGUGGUGGGGGGGGUGGUUGGUGGGGGGGUUGGGUGGGGGGGUGUGUGGGGGGGGGGGUGUUGUUGGGUGUGGGGUGGGGGUGUUGGGGUGGGGGUUGUGUGUUUGGGGGGGGGGGGGGGGUGUUUGUGUGUGGGGGGGGUUUGGGGGGGGGUUGGGGUGGGGUGUGGUUGGGGGUGGGGUGGUGGUGGGGGGUGGUGGGUGGGGGGGGGGGGGGGGUGUUUGGGGGGUGGGGGGGGUUGGGGGGGGGUGGGUUGGGGGGUGGGGUGGGGGGGGGGGGGGUGGGGUGGUGGGGGGGGGUGGUGGGGGUUGGGGGGGUUGUGGUGGGGUGGUUGUGGUUGGGGUGGUGGUGGUGGGUGUGGGGGGUGGUGGGUUUGGGUGUGUGUGGGUUGGGUUUUGGUUUUUGGUGUGUGUGGGGGUGUGGUUGGUUGUGUUUGGGGUUGGGGGGGUGUGGGGGUGGGUUGUUGUUUGUUGGGGGUGUUUUGGGGUUGGGUGGUGGGGUGUGGGGGUUUUUGGGUUGGGGGUGUGGGUGGGGUGA